CAUGGGGUUUCAGAACUAAUGUGGAACUUGUGAGACAGCAAUAGCAUACACUUUUUAACACAACUUGGACUAUACCGCGACCGCCCCAGGGAUCUGAUACUGUCUGAAACAGCUGGGAUUUAUUUGUUAUCUGCCUUUGAAUAUCUUUAUUGUGACUCUGCUCACUCUAUAGCUGCGGGAAUUGAGUAUUUCAUAUAGUGUGUUGCUGUGCGGAAGAACUGAACCCGAUCCUUCAAUAACACUUGCCAAAGGACUAGCUCACACUCCGUUAACAACACUGGCUCCAACCGUCAUGGUAACGCAGAGCAAGUUCCCGAGCAUGAGCCGGGCAUUGGACUCUAGUCUACGGCUUAAGACCUUCUCUUCCUGCAGCGAGUACAACCUUGUGUUGACUGCAGUGCGCAAACUCCAAGAGAGUGGUUUUUACUGGAGCACCGUAACAGGGAGCCAGGCAAACCUACUAUUGAGCACUGAACCUGCGGGAACUUUUCUGAUCCGAGACAGCUCCGACCGGCGGCACUUCUUCACCCUCAGCGUCAAAACUGAGUCUGGCACCAAGAACCUACGCAUCCAGUGUGAGCCUUGUGGAUUCUCCUUGCAGACUGAACCACGCAGUGCCCAGCCAGUACCACGUUUUGACUGUGUCUUAAAGCUGCUGUGCCAUUAUAUGCCAACCAAGGACAGUAGCAGUGGCUCCAAACGGGCAUAUUACAUUUAUUCUGGAGGGGAGCGUGUCCCCUUGCUUCUGUCACGGCCACUAUCAACCAAUGUGUCUUCUCUACAGCACCUAUGUAGAAAGGCCGUGAAUGGUACCUUAGAGGGGGGUGAAGGGCAAGAGCAGCUUCCAUUGCCCAUAAAAGACUUUCUGCAGGAAUAUGACUCCCCAGUGUAGACAAAGAAAACGAUCAACAGGAAUUUAAAUUCAGUUGUGCAGAGUGGAUUGUGCCACACAGAGUUCCCGGUGCCUAGGAAGAAGAGAGCAGUGGCACAGAGAUCAAGAAAAAAUUAUGGCAAAGUGGAUCCACAGAAACAACAUUUGCCUGCAAAGGACAUUUUGUUCAGUAUUAAAGAGCCUGAGACAAAACAAGUACUCAACUCAAGUACCCAACGCAAAAUGGCAAGUAUUACUUCAGAGAUGAAGCAUCUGCAAUAAGAACUGUCUAAUGAAACACAGUAUGUGCCCAUCAGACACUUCCCCUUUACCUCUCAGAUGACCCUGCUCGCCGGGCGCACAGGGAAGUGGUGGAAAUGAUGGCGGCUGCUUUAAGGGCCUUGGUUCUGGUUCCCUCCCCGGCAAACUCUACUAGAACCCAGGGUCUGUUUUGCACUGAAUGUUGGAAGAUUUAUUUAUUACAUUGUCACCUGCACAGCCUUAAUCAAAUUCCCUGGAGGGCAGUAUCUAUCACACUGCAGGGCAUUGCCAGUACACGUAGAGCUAUACACAUGGCAGCUUCUACGUAUUUAUCUCCAGGAGAGACUGAACUCAUGCACAAGCAUUGGGCCGAUAUACAUUUGCUCGUUACAUCGUUAUCAUCGGCAGAAAUACAAAAAGACUUGAACCCUGGACAAUGAAUGGUGACGUCGCCAAGAUAUUUUUUUCUUUUUGCACAAGAAACGUGUGCCUUUGCUGGGUGAGACCUCAGAGGGCACUGACCUCAAUCGCGUUUACAUGACGACCACCAUAAAAGGGCAACAUCCCCAGGAGAAAAUUUGCACAUAUUUAUAUUUAACACAAAGAAAUCCAUUUCAGUAAUUUAUAAUAAAAAAUACUUUUUGUAAUA